AUAAAUAAAUAAAUAAAUAAAAUAUUGCAUAGGUGAAUAUCGUUUAAUGCUAUUUAUUCACCGAUUUUUAAGGGUAGACUUUUCCAGUAACGCUCCAGCAGAGGACAGUGCAGACCGUAGCAUUUCUAUGGAAUGAUUCAGGACUCCUCCCAGAUAUAGUGAACGAUUCCUCUUUGCUCUUUCACAAAGAGUUAUCGAGACAAAGGACGGUCGUCGUCUGUUGCGAACAUGGUGACAUUUCCAUUCGGAACAAUUGCUUUCUGAUCCCUAUCUUGUGCUUUUUUAUACCAUACUACAGGAUGUUGUCUUGAUUUGUCCGUAUGCUUUGUCAUACGUCUAGAAUUAUGCAUCGAUUGGAUAGACCGAGCUCGAUAUGGAUUUAUUUCUUGCUCACGCUGCUGAACUGUUAUUCGGACGCUGUAUCUGGGCAGCUCACUUACACCGUUGCAGAGGAGUCAAACAUCGGGACUGUUUUGGGAAACAUAGCCAAAGAUCUGAGCAUUAAUGUCCAAGAGCUGGAAACGCGGAUGUUUCAGAUUGUUGCUGGAUCUAAGAGAAAAUACUUCGAGGUAAAUGUGAAGACUGGUGCUCUCUAUGUAAAUGAAAGAAUCGACCGAGAGCAGCUCUGUGGUGAUAAGUCAAAGUGUUCACUCGGUGUAGAAGCAGUCAUAAAUAACCCUCUGAAACUGUACCGUGUUGAAGUUGUUGUUUUAGACGUCAAUGAUAACUCGCCAUCAUUUCCCAGCAUGUUGCAGACGAUUAAUAUUACCGAAAGCACAACAGCAGGAGCUAAAUUCCUGCUGAAACGGGCUCACGAUUCAGAUGUAGGGAAGAACUCUGUUAAUGCAUACAAGCUCAGUCAAAAUGAAUAUUUUUCUCUGAAUACGCAUAAGGGACAGACUAUGUUUGUCGAACUAGUCCUACAGAAAAUGUUAGAUAGAGAAAAGCAGUCUGUGAUACGACUCACGCUGACUGCCAUUGAUGGAGGAACACCAGCUAACUCAGGAAGUAUGUCUAUUAUAGUAAAUGUGUUGGAUGUUAAUGAUAAUUUUCCAGUUUUCAGUCAAAAACUUUAUAAAGCCAGUGUGUAUGAGAACGUUAAGAUCGGAACACCAAUAAUUACUCUAAAUGCUACGGACUUAGAUGCAGGACAGAAUGGCCAAAUAUUGUAUUCAUUGAUUGAAAUAGACCAAGGUAAACAAACAAGCUUAUUCACUAUAAACGAACAAAAUGGCACAAUAACGAACAGAAACAACAUAGACUUUGAAGAGAACAAUGCGUUUGAGAUUCAAGUGCAAGCCAGUGAUAGAGCAAACUCUCCUCUCACUUCAAAUGCAAAAUUACUGAUUGAAAUUUUAGACGUGAAUGACAACGCACCUGAAAUUACAGUGACAUCGCUUUUAAAUACAGUGAGAGAAGAUGCGUCCAUUGGCACCGCGAUUGCUCUUGUUUCUGUGUAUGAUAAAGACAGCGGGAUGAACGGAAUGGUUAACUGUGAAAUUUCCAAUAAUGUUCCUUUCAAAUUAGAAGCAAAUUAUAAGAAUUACUAUUCCUUAAUUGUUGAUGGAGCGCUUGACAGAGAAACAGCGGCUCACUAUAAUAUUUGCAUCAGUGUGAGAGAUGAGGGGAAUCCAUCUCUCUCCAACACCGGCGUCAUUCUUGUUCACGUCGCUGAUGUUAAUGAUAACAAACCCAAUUUCCCAGAAGACGCUGUAAACGUCUUCAUAAAAGAAAACAGUCCAAUAGGAGCAGUUAUUAAAAGAUUGUCAGCAGCGGAUGCAGACUCUGAUCAAAAUGGUCAAAUAAGCUACUCACUUUUAAUUGACAAUAGUAACCCUGUUGUGCUGUCCUAUGUACGGAUCUAUGUUUUGUUGUCGCUGGCCGGAACUAUGGAUCCUCUGAGAGGAGUGAUCUCCUUUGGAUUAUAUCUGUUGUUUGUUUCCGUGGAGCGUAACAGUGGGGCCGUGUCUGGGCAGCUUUCUUACUCUGUCCAGGAAGAGGCUGCAGACAAAGGCAGUCCUCCGCUAACAGCUCAGUGUAAAGUCCUGGUGGAGGUGGUGGAUGUAAAUGACAAUGCACCUGACAUCACUGUCACGUCACUGCUCCGUAGUGUUAGAGAGGACGCUGAAAUUGGCACCGCAGUUGCACUUGUUUCAGUUCUCGAUAGAGACGGUGGCAAAAACGCUGGAUACUUUGUAGCAAAGAUCAGGGCUGUGGACGCAGAUUCUGGAUACAAUGCGCUGCUUUCUUAUCACCUGUCGGAGCCCAAAGGAAACAACCUGUUCAGGAUCGGAAUCAGCACCGGAGAAAUCAGGACUAAGAGGAGAAUGAGCGACAAUGACCUGAAAACUCACCCAUUGUUGGUGUUAGUUUCUGAUAAUGGAGAACCUUCUCUGUCAGCCACUGUUUCUAUUGAUGUGAUGGUGGUUGAAACCACAGCUGACGUCCAGACUCAGUUCAGACAUGUGCCUAUGAAGGAGGACAACUUCUCUGAUUUUAACUUGUAUCUACUGAUCGCCAUCGUGUCAGUGUCUGUGAUCUUUCUGCUGAGUCUCAUCAGUUUAAUAGCUGUCAGAUGUCACAGGACAGACAGUGAUUUCAGCAGGUACAGCGCCCCCAUGAUCACCACCCACCCUGACGGGAGCUGGUCUUACUCUAAAGCUACUCAGCAGUAUGACGUGUGUUUCAGCUCAGACACACUGAAGAGGGACGUAGUGGUUUUCCCCGCACCAUUUCCACCUGUAGAUGCUGAACUGAUCAGUAUUAACGGGAGUGAUACUUUUACCAGAACUCAGACUUUGCCCAACAAAGAAAAGAGCAAAAGGAGACUGGCUGCGAUUUUCAGCACAAAGAGAUUCGGGAACAGACGGGACGACGUUAUGGAGUACAUUUCAACAAAGCGAAGGAUCUUGCCUUGA